AUGCCUGGCUUACCACUUCAACUACGGAAAGAUGUACGCGAUGGGUAUGAGGGGUCCGAUACCCCUGUUCAGAAAUCUUUCAAGAAAUUGUCAGAGGUCGUUGGUUAUCCAGUAUCAUGCGAACCAGAAUGGCAGAUGCUCUGGCAAGAGCUCGAAAGCAUUUAUACCGACAAGACGACCUUUGUCCCAACGAUUGCUCGUGUGAUUGAGACGUGGUGUCACGCCUUGGUUCUCAGGCUUGAAGAUGACAAGCACGAGGAUUGGACAGAGGCCUUCCUCGAGAAACUCGAGGCAGUUCGCAUGUUGAAAAUAUUGAUACAUGUCGCCAAUGAGCCUAGACCAAAGACAACUUGGUCCUUGACAAAACCAGCAUUCAUGAUCAUCCUGCCGAAUAAAUCAGCAUUUCAUGCAGCCAGCUCAGGAUCAGGCUUUCAGACGGAUUUUGAGAAUCUCUUUGAUGACUCCAAACCGUCCGUCUCCAGCACCAAAGUCGAAGAGUCAUUCAGCAGAGACGAUGAGUGGUCCAAUAUUGAAUCGGUAGCAGAUUCACGCAGUGUUCAAAUUCGCACAGUCGAGGAGCCUGAUGUUCCAGAUAUUCUGCCCUCCCUACACACCCUGCCGCGACCCGAUCUUCUAUUCACCGCGACCACGCCAUACUUGAUGCAAAUCUCGUAUAAUGGAGCCAACGGCGUGACGAUCUUUGGGUCCCACGAACCAAGCCUACGACUUCUGUCGGAAUAUUUGCAGCGUUGGAUCAAAAUUGAUCCUCAAGAUGUUCGAAAGAUCCCUUAUCUCAGGAUCAAGCUUCACGAAUCAAUUUUUGGAAUGGGUUUGUAUCAUGAUAGGCUCACUCUUGAGCCGUUUGACCACCAUCAGCGGAAUUCAGUAAUCAACGUUGCGUUAAUUCAGUCGUUUAUUGAAGGAGUUCUCGGAUAUCAGCCGGUCAGUGAGCACGGUGGAAGUGGUACUCGAGAGUUCAAGCGCACGAAACCAUUCAGACCUUGA